AUGGCCGCGGCGGGGUCCCGCCAGCUCCGGCUCCCCGCGCCCCGGCCCGCGCCCCCCGGGCCCCUCUCGCCGCCGCCGGGCCCCGCCGCCGCCCUGCUCCCCGGCCCGGCCCGCUGCGCCCCCGCCCCCUUCGCCGGCUUCCCCGGCCGGGGCCCCGGGCCCUCCGCGCCGGCCCCCGACCGCCUGGGCCCGCCGGCGCCCCCCGCAGGCCCGGCCGCCCCGCCCGCGUCGCAGCGCCGCAAGCGCACGGCGUUCCGGCCCGAGCAGCUGCGGCUCCUGGAGCUGGUGUUCCGCCGGACGGCGUACCCCGACAUCCAGCUGCGCGAGCGCCUGGCCGCGCUCACCCUGCUGCCCGAGGCCCGGGUCCAGGUUUGGUUCCAGAACCGGCGCGCCAAGUCGCGGCGCCAGAGCGGGAAGUCCUUGCCGCCCGCAGCCCGGCCCGCGCCCCUCGCCCACCCCGCGGCCCCCGAAACCAGCAUCGGAACCGGAACCGGCCCCGGCCCCGGAGCGCUGUGCCCGAAGCCGCAGCCGCCUCUGCAGGUCGAUGUGAACCGCCUGCCCUCGGACCCAGGCUCCCGAGGCCAGCACUGCGGCCCCUGCGCGCUCCCCGAGGACGUGGCCUCCGAGCUGGGCUCCUGGGAGCGGCACCUGCUCUCCGCCUUCGGCAGCUCCUGA